AUGUGUCGUUUUCUUAUUUACAAAGGCCGCAAUGAGAUUCGUCUCAGUAAGCUGGUUACAGAGCCCAGUCAUUCCAUUCUGACUCAGUCCUACGACUCACGGUUAAGAUUGGACAAUCGCCGCCCAGUGAAUGGUGACGGCUUCGGCGUGGGCUUCUACACCGACCCUGCACUCGGCCCAGAGCCCUGCAUUUUCACAUCGACAAUCCCAGCCUGGAACUGUGAGAAUCUAGAGCGUCUCGCCGCAAAGACAUGCUCAAAUCUUGUCUUCGCGCAUGUCCGCGCCACCACAGAGGGAAACCUCGCAGAGAUCAACUGCCACCCGUUCCAACACCAGACGCUGAUGUGGAUGCACAACGGCGGCAUCGGCGGAUGGACCUACAUCAAGCGUGCGCUAGCAUCUUCUCUUGGGGACAAGUGGUUCCUUGGUGUGAAAGGCAGCACUGAUAGUGAAUGGUCUUUUGCUCUGUUCCUUCAUCUGCUGGAGCAAGAGGGCGUGGAUCCCAGCUCGGAUCCUGGGCCUGAGGGCUUUGGGCAGGCGUUGCUGCGGAAAGUCAUGAUAAAGACAAUUGCGCGCAUAAAUGAGUUUACGCGCGAGGCUGUGGCGAGGCAUAAUGUUACUGAUGUGGAGACACGCUCGUUGCUCAAUUUUGCAGUGACGGAUGGUCAUUCUGUUAUUUGCACGAGGUAUAUCAGCAGUAAGACUGACGAGCCGGCUAGUUUGUAUUUCUCUUCAGGAACGAAGUGGAAGGAGGGGAAGACGAAGGGUCAUUACAAGAUGGAGCGCCAUGAUAAGGGUGCUGAUAUUGUCUUGGUGGCUAGCGAGCCGAUUACUUUCGAGAGACACAAUUGGGUCUCUGUCCCUACGAACUCGGUAGUCACUAUCCACAAACAGACAGUCCUACUUCACCCCAUCUUGGAUGAAUUUUACAGCGAGGAUAUGAAUCACGAUCGAUCAUCUUGCUAUGCUUCUUCGAAAGGCCUUGUCAGCACCGCACCUGGCAAGACAGUACCGCCGAAAGAAAAAGAAAACUGGACCCCGUCGCCAGGUGGCAACAAUCCUGAUUUAGAAGCAUCUCGACUGGGACAAUCCUCCGAGUGCACCGUAUAA